GUAUUGCAGUGACGUCACGAAAAGACUGGUUCAAAAUGGCGGAUGAGUGUUUUGGCCCGUACGUGUCAGAAAUUAUGCCUUAGGUCUGCGUCUUUUAUUCACCACCCGCAUAGCCUUCCACAUUUUGUACUUGUUCGGUGCGGCUACCAAUCGAUGCAAGCUCUUUUUUCGAUGUGAAUAGGUUGGUGACAGUGAAUGUAAUUGCAAAUAGUUGUUUUGUCUUGAGCUUGGUUUGGAAGCUAUAUAUCGCGUCGGGGUACGUUUUGGGCGAAGCCGGACGUGACUCGCAGCGAUAAGGUGUGGUGGGAGAUUUUCUACUUCCGUACUUUACAAAUCCAAUUAAUUUGUGGCAUUUGCGUAGUGAUUGGAGUGUUAACUGAGUUUUCCUGAUGUGUUGACUACAUACUCCCUGCAUUCCAUCUUCAACCUCCUGCAUGGGCUAGGUGAAAAAUGUCACUCUUCAAUUUUGGAAGAAAGGUCAAAAAGGUCCUCCACAUUGGUGGAACUGGUGGGGAGGCCAAGAAAAAGAGAUUCUACAACAACAUAAAAAUCAACAUCAAUCCUGAAGAGAUUUGGGAGAUUGUCAACGAGCUUGGAGAUGGUGCUUUUGGAAAAGUGUACAAGGCUCUGCAUCGGGAGAAGAAAAUUUACGCCGCAGCUAAAAUCUGCAAGUUAGAGGGGGAAAACGACCUCAAUGAUUUCAUGGUGGAAAUUGACAUCCUGACAGAAUGCAGCCACUUCAAUGUUGUCGGCAUGCAUGAAGCAUACUAUUGGGAUGGCAAACUGUGGAUGCUGAUAGAAUAUUGUGAUGGAGGAGCUCUGGAUUCUAUCAUGGUGGAUCUUGACAAACCAUUGACCGAGCCCCAAAUUGCCUAUGUUUGCCAGCAUAUGGUCAGAGGACUAGAAUACCUUCACAAGAUGCACAUCAUUCACCGAGAUUUAAAGGCUGGCAAUGUUUUGCUGACCAUUGAUGGUGGAGUCAAGUUGGCUGAUUUUGGUGUUUCUGCCAAGAACAAACACACCCUACAGAAACAUGACACAUUCAUUGGCACUCCCUAUUGGAUGGCACCUGAAGUGGUAUCUUGCGAAACAUUCCGUGAUAACCCGUACGACUAUAAAGUGGAUAUCUGGUCCUUAGGUGUUACUUUAAUUGAAUUGGCACAAAUGGAACCGCCUAAUCACGACCUUACUCCAAUGAGAGUGCUUCUAAAAAUUCAAAAAUCUGAUCCACCCCGCCUUGAUUGUCCGUCUCGAUGGUCAAGAGAGUUUAACGACUUCUUAUCCAAGUGUCUGGUGAAAGACCCUACCCAAAGGCCUACAGCUACCGAAUUGCUUCGACACCCGUUCAUUGCGUGCACUCUAGAUUCAAAGAACAUCAAAGAUCUGCUGAUUGAAUACAAGGCUGAAGUAGUCGAAGAAGAGGACGUUGAUGUUGAUGAUACGCAUGCAACGGAAUCCAACGAUGGUGAUACAAUUUCAGUACUAAGUGAGGCCGACAGCCGUAAAACAUCAGUGGUCACUCCUGAUGGGCCUCCUAAAAAGCAUUUAAAAGGCCCAGCACCACCACCGCCAGUCUUCCAGUCGCCGGAACCCGUACCACCGCCAGUAACAAGCCCAACCAAAGGGCCUUCCACACCAGUGUCUGAGCCUACACCACCAAUACCUGAGCCUACGUCUUCAAACAAUGAUAGUGUCACCCCGAAACCCUCUACGCCUCCUCCCAGCGUUACGGUUACAGUAACUAGUCCAGCCGUUCAGGUCAGCCCUGACGCCAAACCGACAGCGACGUUACGACAAACUGAACAAUUGAGCAUCAAUUUUGAUGGCUGUGAAUCGUCGACGGAUGAUUCACUACCGUUUGAAACCCAGCCACCACCUGUUGAACGUUUCGUAAGUGUCGUAAGUGUCGUUAACGUUACGGAAGACAAACAAGAAACGGACGAGGAAAGUCAAAUAAUUGGCCAGAAACUCGACGAGUCUGAGGUGCUCAUCCUCAACACUUCCAGCGUCGUGUCGAACGGUGUAGGACUCGAAACUGAGUCGAAGAAUGAAGACAACGAAACCCCCCAAAAAGUGAAGCCGGACGAACCGGAACAACAACAGCAAAGCAACGAAGCAACGGACGAACAAGACGGCCGACAAAAUAACAAUGCCGUUUUGGAAUCACGUAGCGAUGUCAGUUGUAAUUUGUCUCAGGUAUCCAGCCUUUCUCGUUCCAGUUCGGGCAGCGAAAGAAGCAGUUUGUCGGAAAGUCGAGAUUCGUCCGUAAUUCACACUUCCAUUAUUGUCGAAGGCAUCACACAAGAAGCAACAGACGACGACUCUUUUGUCCCGUCUGAUGUUGUCCCUUCUUCAGAGAUAGUUCCUCCAUUGCCGGCCAAAGAACGAUCCCGAUCACCGAGUCCACCAAUUGAAAAAGAAGUCCCAGUCAAGAAGGAAGCGGAAGUAGAUGAAGAAGAAAACGUGGAACCGAUCAUGAGUCCGAAUCGGAAAGAGAAAGCCGACCCGACUGGAGAUUCUGGUACAGGCACGGGAGGUACUAGUAUUCCUAGCACGCCUGAUUCCGUCUUCCUUGAACGGACCCUGGAUCGUUCCGAUAUUGAAAGCACAUCUGGAACGGGCACGACGGGAAGUCGCAGUAGCCGCAAAAGUGACUCUGUCAUUGAUGUAGAAGACAACGAAGUGGUACUACGCAGUAAGCCGGCCUCAGGGCGUAGCUUGAGCACAGUCAGUAACGGGACGACGGUCAAUUCCGAAAUAGAACCAUUGGAAUCCGAGCAGUUACCAGCCCGGCGCACACCUCGAACUAAAGAAGAAAUUGAAUUGAGUAAUCUAAAGAAAAAGACCCGCAAACGAACCCGUCGUUUCGAAGUUGACGGUGUCGUUGUUACGACGACCACCAGCAAGGUGUUUUACGCCGACGAAAAUGACGGCAGGAUCUACGAUGAGCACCUACUGCGAAAGCAGGAAUUGCGUGAAUUGAAGAUGCUUCAAAAGGCCGAACAGAAGCAAUUUCAAGACUUGACCAUCAAAGCUCAAGUGGCCCGUGAUCAACAAGAGCGACGCUUCGAUCAGGAAACGACCAGCUUAUUGCGAGGAUACGACACGGAGUUGGAGACGAUGACCCGGUCACAGAAACAGCAAGUGGAACGUGCCGAACAACAGCAAGAUUCGGAUCUUCGCAUCGCCUCUAAAAAAAUCCGCUGCGAGCAGGAACGCGAAUUAAAACUAUUUCGCGAAGGAUUGAAACAAGAAGUCAGGCUAUUGAAGCAAGAGUCGGAUCUAUUGCCGAAAGACCAGCGCAAGACGGCCUUCCGUAUUAAGCGCCAGCAGCAGGAGGUGGAACAGUCGGACAGGGAACGGUGUUUUCUCGACAGUUUAAAUCAAAGCCACGAAACGUCGUUACGUCGGCUGAGUGACGGCCACCGCGAGAAAAUCGCUCUACUGGAACGGCAGUUCUUGCAGCAAAAACAGCAGCUGCUCCGUUCCCGCGAGUCAGCUGUGUGGGAAUUGGAGGAAAGGCAGUUGCACGAACGUCAUCAACUAGCCAGAAGACAACUAAAAGAAAUCUUUUUCCUCCAGCGACACCAAAUGCUUGUCCGCCACGAGAAAGAACUGGAACAAAUCCGCCGAUUCCAAACCCGCAAAGAGGAGGAUCUGUUGAAGAGACAGGCGAUUGAGCGACGGGCUCUACCCAAGCGGAUCCGAGUAGAAAUGAAAGCCCGUGAAAUGAUGUUUAGAGAAUCGAUGCGCAUAUCAGUCAAUACCGCUAGUUUACCUAGCGGAUUGGCUAGCCUGGCUGGUGCCUUAAACUUCCCUGAAACUCCGGACAACGAGCGCGACAAGUUGCGCAAAUUCCAGGAACAAGAGAAGAAACGCUACAAAGCUGAGGAGCAACGCUGCGAAUUGAAACAUCGUCGGCAAUUGGAAGAACAUCGAGCCGCAGCUGAUUCAGCCGUCAAAGAGCUGGAACAACUUCAAAACGAGAAACGCAAAAUGCUGAUGGAACACGAAACGAUGAAACUCAAAUCACAAGAUGACGAGUACCAGUCAGAGCUGCGUGAAUGGAGGGCCAAGUUGAAACCUCGCAAGCAGAAAUUGGAAGACGAUUUUGCUUUGCAAUUGGAAGAUCAAGAAAAAUUCUACGGUCAUUAUCUGGCUCAAGCGAUACCACCAUUGUCUUCGCACGAGCUGACACCUGAUACGGAAUCCUCACAUCAUUCUCGCAGGCAUAGCUCUCAGCGGAGCACGAGCUCUAGUGUUUCUUCCGUCUCUGCCGACGGCUCAUAAGUUAUCAAAGCUUCAGAUUCGUUUAUUCAUCUUCCCCUUUUAUCCCGAGAUGCGUAGAACUGUGUUGUGUCAAUGACAGUUUUUGCCGACCCCAUUUAAAAAGCCAUUUUUUUUUUCUCUAUCUAUUUUUUCAUGUUUUUUUUUAAGAUUUAAUUUAAAAAGAAAACUUUCAGCUCAACCAUUCAUCACCCUCUCCUUCUAUUCACUAUAAUUUACAGAUGAAAUAAUAACAAUUCUAAAGGGUGUGACUUUUUGAUUCCUAGUUUCGUGGGAAAGAGGGGCUCUGCUCUAUCGAAACCCUCACAACAAACGACACAUGCAAUAAAUAAUGACCUAGUUAUCGUACUAACACAGUUUUGCUCUUGUCUUUUGCAUUUCGGGUCGAUCCACGAGGAAAGUUUACUUUGCGAUUCGUGAAACAAAAAUGAGUUAUCGCGUUUUUGGGUCCGUGACACUUGGACGAUCGAGAGUCAUACAAUCAAGGUUUCAAAGUUGAACUGGAUUUUUUUUUUCUUUGUGUUUAUUAUAUUUAAAGAAAAAAAAACAAAAAAAAAGUUCUUUUUUGUCUAUUAAAAAUAUGUUUCCCUUUAUUUUGUCCCCUCCCCUGAAGUGAACGUGCAUGGCUUAGGAAUUAUUACUUGUUUUACCUGUCUACCUUUUUCCAGGGCUCACUAAUAUAAUAACUUGCUUUUGUCCUAUUACCAUUUCCCCUGCUCUCCAUGCCGAUUCCUCUUAUCUUCGUCCGUGUGCCUUUUUCUAUUGUACAGUAGGAUAUGUCGACGCUCUACCAUAUUAAACGGCUUUCAGUCUA